AUGAAGUUCUUCCACACCGGCAUGCUGUCCCUCGUGCUCUGCACAGCCAUGCUGCUUGGCGCAUUGGCCGCCGACAGCCGCCGCCACUUGGUGCAGGCACCGGCAGCGGACUGCGUGACUCGCCUAACAAGCCUGGCUGCUGACUGCAGUGCACAGAUCGCGUCCAUCACUUCUCUGGGCCAGAACAUUCCAGCGGACGCCACGGACGACCAGAUCAAGGCUCAAUUGGCCGGCCAGCCUCUGCCAGACGCCAAGUGCUGCGCCACCGCCGGCAACUUUAUCACCGGGGGGUGCCGCUGUGAUCCCCAGGUGCUGACCAUCGUGCAGGGCCAGAACAUCAACCCCGCCAGCCUCAAGACCCUCGUGAAAGCCACGCAGCUCUCCUGCAACAAUGCUGGCAUUGUUGACACCUGCAAGUGA